AAAUAAACAUGAAAGACAUCCAGAAACCUAGAUUGUUUAAUUCCAAUCCCGCUUCUUUGAGUGACGUCACUGUUUCUGACUCCUUACAAGCGGACAAUCCUGAUGUCAACGCCGCCAUAAAGGAUGAUUGUUUUGAUUUUUUCGAAGAUCGAAUAUCUGAAUACUUAAGGGAUGGGACUUAUCUUAAGUAUGAAGAUUUAACUUUGGGUCCUGAGCUUGGCCGAGGCGGCUUUGGAGUCGUCUACAAAGGGAGUGUUCAUGAAACCCCCGUAGCCAUUAAGCAGCUGAUUAUCUCCAUUUCCGAUAAAGCUUGUUUUUAUAAUGAGCUGCAAGUGAUGAGACGCGUGAGGCACCCGAACUGUGUAUUAUUUUUGGGGGCGACGAUGCCGCCGGAUCCCAUGUGCAUCGUAACAGAAUAUAUUGAAAAGGGAAACUUGCAGGAAUUGAUUUAUAACAAAAAUGAAGUUCUAAAUAAAACUAGGAUUUUAAAGUAUAUUCUUGACAUUGCAAGAGGAAUGAAUUAUCUUCAUCAUAACGGAAUCAUCCACUUGGAUCUGACUCCCGCUAAUGUUCUCGUUACAGAAAGUUAUGUUUGUAAGGUAGCAGAUUUUGGCUUGUCUAAAAUAUCAGAAGCCUACACGAAAUCUAUAACCAAUCGCGGCGGAGGAACUAUUUUUUACACAGCGCCGGAGGUCCACCGAGGCAAGCGCGUCUCGCGCAAAGUGGAUGUGUUUUCUUUCGGGAUUAUACUGUGGGAGCUUUACUACAGAGAAAAGCCAUUCGAGGGUCUCCUACCCCAUGCGGUCUGUUAUAAAACAGUUUCGGAAGACUUCAGACCGGAAAUCAACGAGGAGAACGUUCCUUUUUACUACGAGCUGAUGGUCCAAUGUUGGGCUCGCAAGCCCAAGCAGCGACCAGAUUUCGACAAUGUGAUUAGCCAGAUUAAAAACUUUCGGAAAGAAGAAGCUACUGAAACGCCAACUUCUCCUCCGCCUAGUAAAACUCCAUCUCCACGCGGCCGCUCUGCUAAGCCUACACUUUGGGAUGAAUGGCAAGUUCUUGAUUGGCUAGAAGAAGUUGGCAUGUCUCAUAUUAUCGACAAGUUCCAUGGCCAACGGAUUACCGGCGAAGUCUUAUUUACACUGACCCCCAAUGAUUUGUGUAUUAUCGGGAUCAACAGUUUGGGCGACCGGCGAAAGCUUCUUUUGGCCAUCAGGAAGUUGGGCGAAGGCCCCACCAAACCUAAUAAUGGAGCUCCCAAUGAGACUCCCGUUGUUGCGCAAGUUCAUAAAAAUAAGCACGGCUGCAAUAAAGUAACCCCGGGGCCCACUGUACACUGCGCCUCCUGUUCGGACCCUUUUGACGAAUUCGAAGCUGGCUGGCAGUGCCAAACUUGCCAGGACGUGUUUCACGACAUUUGCUUCUCCGAAACUAUUUCUCUCUGCGAGAAACCCUCCUUUCCCCCUAUUAUUAACCAUUCGCUUGGCUUUCAGGACCCGGCUGGGACUUUAUACGUCCAUAGCAAUGCGAGUUUUGCUUGCGCUGCGUCCCUCCCUUUUGGGGAUCGGAAAGGUUCGAAGCGUAAUAAAACGAUGAUACCAAGGCCAUCUCAACACAUUCCAAGAACAAAGCCCAAACUUUCGUUUUCGGAAUUUAACACGAGGACUUUGGCUCAAAUAAGCGGCGCAAAAGUAUCCAAACCCAAACUUUUUCGGCACCACCGAACUGUCAAGCAUCCCACCGAGCAGCCUUUGACCGAUAAAGAACUAGACCAAUGGUGGGAUGACACUCUUCUUGCAGCCGUCCGAUUGGCCAGAUCGGAAGGAACAUUACAAUUCCGUUGCGGCCUCUAUAAUAAAGCCUACAUCGCCACUCUCGAAAUAGUUCAGCGGAUUAUCGCCCAAUGCCAGUCGGCCAUGGAGCAGGUCCACCACACUAAUAGUGGCGAAACUAUCAUGCGUCUGGCCACAAACAUUUAUCAAUGUUUAAAGGCUGCUGUGCACGAAUCCGAUUGUUCACGGUUUCCACAUUAUAGUUUUGAAGAACGUUCAAAGAUUCUACUGGAUGCACUCUUUACUAUUUUGAAUUAUUUACUUAAAAGGGAAGAACUUAGUAAAAAUCACAAAACUUUCCAAAGAUUUUUACAAUAG